UAUAAAAUCAACUGGCCAACCUCAAUGCUCAGGGGGAGAUCAUUACUGACAUCACAAAUGUCAAUGUCGUCAAUAACCAUUCCCCGGCACGUGGCUGUCAUCGGAGCUGGUGCGGGUGGCCUUGUGGCUGCUCGCGAGCUCCGUCGUGAGGGACACAAGGUCGUUGUCUUCGAGAAAAGUGAUCAAAUUGGCGGUACCUGGGUGUACAAUCCUCGAGUGGAACCGGACCUUCUGGGCGUUGACCCGAAGCGUCUCGUCGUCCACUCCAGCCUCUACAGCUCCCUUCGUACUAACCUCCCUAGAGAGGUGAUGGGUUAUCAGGAUUAUCCGUUUUUGAGCCGAGAAGGCAAAGACAGAGAUCCGAGGAGAUUCCCGGGUCACAAGGAGGUGUUGAUGUAUCUGAAGGAUUUUGCGGGUGAAUUCAGGAUUGAAGAGAUGGUGAGGUUUGAGUCUGAAGUGGUGAACGUGAAAUUAGAGGAGAAUGGUAGAGAGUGGAGGGUGAAGUCCAACAGGAGGGGCGAUGUUGACGAUGAGAAUUUUGAUGCUGUUGUUGUCUGCAAUGGACACUACACUGAGCCUCGGAUUGCGGAAAUUCCCGGCAUAAAGUCAUGGCCAGGAAAACAAAUUCACAGCCACAACUAUCGUAUUCCUGAGCCCUUUCAAGAUCAAGUUGUAAUUUUGAUAGGAAGUGCCGCAAGUGCUACUGAUAUAUCCAGGGAGAUAGCUGGGGUUGCUAAAGAGGUCCAUAUUGCAUCUAGAUCCGCUGCUGACAAAACAUGUGAAAGGCUGCCUGGAUAUGAUAAUAUGUGGCUUCAUUCCAUGAUAGAAAACGCCCAUGAAGAUGGUACUGUGGUUUUCCAGGAUGGGAGUGUCAUCUUUGCUGAUGUUAUUCUACAUUGCACUGGGUACCAUUAUGACUUCCCAUUUCUUGAAACCAAUGGCAUCGUGACAGUGGAUGACAAUCGUGUGGGACCGCUGUACAAGCAUGUUUUUCCUCCACGCUUGGCCCCAUGGCUUUGCUUUGUUGGAUUACCAUGGAAGGUUGUUCCAUUCAUAUUGUUUGAAUUUCAAUGCAAGUGGAUUGCUGGUGUUUUGUCCGGUCAAAUUAAGCUUCCAUCCCAAGAAGAGAUGGCGGAAGAGAUUAAAGCCUUCUACUCUGAACUUGAAGCUUCUGGCGUGCCAAAGCGAUACACCCAUGACAUGGGGGAUUAUCAGUUUGAGUACGACAAUUGGCUUGCUUCUCAAUGUGGUUGUUCAGGCGUCGAAGAAUGGAGAAAACAAAUGUACUAUGAAAGUAGCAAGCGGAAGCGCGCUCAACCAGAGACAUACCGCGAUGAAUGGGAAGAUCAUGACCUGAUCUUGCAAGCCCAUCAGGACUUCCUCAAAUACACCUGAAUACUGCAACUCACAGUUGCACUCUUUGAUUGAAGACCACAAAUAAACAACCCAUUUGACCAUCUCAAAACUCAAAAGAAUAAUUUUCCGGUUUGGGUCAGUCCAUAUGCUUAUGUGGCGGGUUGACUGUUAGUUAGUCGGCCAAAUUAGACGACGUGGCAAACGAAGUCGCUGAUGUGGCUGACGGCGCUGAGGUGGUAAAACACCUCUUCACAAACCCUAGUUCUUCAUCAUCUCUCAGAUUCGCGCCAUCUCCCUGCUCUCGCCCGCAACACCAUCUCCCGUACAUAAUUUAUGUGUGUUAUGAACGACAAAUCAUCGUUUAAUGACCUUUGUAAUAUUAAAGAACUACAUAAGUGCUCGCGUCAUGAUUCUAUGUGAUGUUAUUCAUAGGUAAUGGACUAAUAUUUAUAUUUUCUAUAUGGGAGAGAAAUUAAUGGAGAUAUGUAAUAGGAAUGUUACUAUGUCAAGUUUGUGAUAUAAUUUGUGUUUGUGUUUGUG